AUGAGUGAUAUUGAAUAUACUGAGGAAACCUAUUUAGGUCUCUCGCUAGAAGAUGAAACAAUUACCGAAAACAAGGAUUUCCCUCAAAGCGAGCACGAUGAUGUACUUUACGACUUUCUUUCAUUUCUGGCAUUGGUUUCUAGCUCCACAGCAGAGACAGAAUGGUCUGCCAUGGCGAUGAACAUGAUUCACAUCACGACAAGUAAUGUCACCUUAUGGUUGAAAAGAAGACAAGGAUCAAGUUUUUCAGUAUCCUUAGUUGAUCGCAAAGAGCUGGACACAAACUUACCGCAAGGCAUGGCCCACCUCGAACUCCCUAGAGUACUCGCUGUGAAAACGCCUAUCCUUGAUUCAGAUUUAGGAACGCGUAGAAAUCGGCACAUCUUUGACUCAAUGACAAGGGAAUACCAGAUUCUGAACCACAAAUCCCUCAAAAAUCAUGAGAAUAUUGUCUCAUUGAUCGGUUGCUGCUGGCGGACUGUUGAUAUACAAGCAGAACUUACAGUUCCUAAUCUGGUUCUUGAAGGUGCUGAUUUUGGAGACCUCGAAGAAUUUUACCAACAGCAUGGACAGAAAGUCACGAUGCGCAGGCGGCUUGGGCUCUGCAUCGAUGUGGCUCUGGGGCUGGAAGCCCUUAAUCUGGCUGGUAUUCUGCAUGGCGACAUAAAACCCAGUAACAUCUUGGUAUUCAAAAACAAAGACCGUGGCUUCAUCGCUAAAUUAGCCGACUUUGGCUCCUCUAUCCCUUUGCAUAACUCAAAGUUUCCCCGGCGGGCAUGUCCUGGAACUCCCCUUUUUGCUGCACCAGAGACCGUUGAGAGUUCUUCAGAGUUCAGCAAAGAUGAACUCUUGAAAGCAGAGAUCUAUACCUUGGGGCUCGUCUUCGUCUUCCUGGUCAGAGGUCCCCAUAUAUUAGACAAACUCCGUUCCGCUAGUUGGGGAGAUGUCAUGCGACUUAAAUUUUGCGGAGGUCUACUUGAUUGGAUACAACAAGAUGAGGAACAGUUACUAUUUGAUACCAUGUCCAGGCCAACGUUUGGAAAGAACGCGAAAGAGCGGCAGCGUCAACGAAAUAUUCAGAACUGGCUUAGUACUCAGGAGUACAAUAAGUUUCUUGCGUUUAGUGAACGGCAUGAAUUUCCCAUUUACGAUAGCUCAGUGGAUGACAAAGACUGGUUGACGUUGCGUAAUGACUGUCUAAAGGAUGAAAAGUCGGAAAUAUUGUUCUCCAACCUUGUCAGACAAAUUAUGUCCGAAAAUCCAAGCCAGCGACCUACAGAUGUGCAUUGUGUCCUCCACACUCUGAGGGAGAUUUUAACCUUGGAACUUCAUGUUUUGUACGAUUCGAACCAAAAAAAACAGAGGUUACAAGAAGAAAAGUUCGCAUCAAUCAGACGGAAACUCAAUCCAGAAGGGCUACACGAGGGACUGGCUAUAAGUACUUUGAAUAGUCAAGAACGUGAUUCAAUUACAUUGAACUAUUUCUUCAAGUCAUGCAGCAACUAUCGUCGGAAUAAAUACCGGCGCGUUAGCCUAUUUCGUGAAUUUGCGUUCAUCUGGAAAUUUGGAGGUAUCGCCAAGUUUUUACAGAAACAUCGCUCUUCGCGAACUCGACGAUUAGGAGUAAGGGUUAGUCUGGAGAAACGUUCCUCAAACCAAAUGGUAAAGCAAGCGAAGAAGGUGAAGAAAGAAAUGGAAUUAGUCCUACAAAAAUGGUGGGAGAAACAUCAGAGCCUUGAAACUCUAAGUUUUUCAGAUAACAGUCUGGUAUUCCAGGCGACAAUGGACGAAAGAUUUACGUCGCUUCUACCAAACAACCUCCGAAGAGGUAUUAUGAAACAGCUGAAACUCACCGCUGACUUACCCAAAGAAAAUGAAACACGUCGCCUUCUUGCAUCCUUUGAAUAUACUUUCAUGGUUCUUUGUUACGAUGAUACCUGGAGGACUGAUACUGAGCUACUUUUCAGCACGCUUCUUUACCUGUAUCGUGCUGCAGACUCAGGAUAUCAUCGAGCUCAAAGCAUUGUUGUCUACUUUAAAAGGAAACCUGGUUGCAAUGAAUCGGUUGCAAAUGUUAGAUCCCAAGGGGAAGUGUGGGAUGAUAGUAAACUGUGGAUUUUUGCAAUCAACGCUGGUUUUGUGAAUUCUCCACCAGCUUUUAUACAUAAUCUUGCGGCACAUGGCCAGCUACACAGCCUUCGACAGCUUUCAAAUAUCCCUCGUGAAUAUUUAAAUGAACAGAAUGGCUUGGGCGAGACGCCUCUAGUCGUCGCAUGUCGUUGUGGUCAUGCAAAUAUCGUGACAUUGCUUUUAGAAUACGGAGCAGACCCGUCAAUUGGAUCAUUCAGCAAUGCUCACCCGUUGCAUUUUCUCAGUGCCUUUCCCGAAACGGACAUUCCUCACAUUUCCAAACUUCUCGUGCAAUAUGGUGCAGAGCUUGAACCCCAUUCCCAAAACGCCCGGUUGUACCGGCAAGGUCUCGAUGGAAGAUUUGGCUUGGAAGAGGGAACGCCACUUUUGUGGGCAGUCCUUAUAGGCAAUUUUGCUGCCAUCCAAGCGUUAUUGAACCUUGGUGCUGAUAUAUUUUCUUACAAGAGACUGCACCCAUGGGAUUUCUCCAAUGACGUUGUUAUCCACUCCUCUCCGUUAGAAGGCGCGAUCUACAUGUACAGAUACAACAUCCUCGAACUGUUAUUAUCUUCCUAUGCAGAUGUGGAAAAGCUGCGGUUCCAAUUGAACGAACUACGCCUUGUGGGCUCAAAUGAAAGAGCAUCCCCUUUGCUGAUGGCCUUGGAAAGACAGGUAUUAGGACGGUUCAAGUCCACUUUAUUGCAUGGCCCCUUCCGUGAAAAUGCCCAAUUAAGGACUGCCCAGGUAUUGCUUCGCUAUGGCGCGAAUCCUCUUCGACUCAGCAGAGAGGUAUCCGGUGAAUCUGUUGAUGCAAUUGAUCUCGUUUGCCAGGGGGGUAAUUGUCUUUUGCUCGAGUUUCUCUGGGACUACCAGGAGGGAAAAUUAAGACCAUCGAACCCAAUGCAAUUUUUCCUCCUCAUGAAUCAUGCAAUAGCGAUGUCGAAUCGGGAAGUGUUCGAUUUUCUCCUAGCGCAUCAGAAUGAUGUUUCCCAGAUCAACAGAGCCUCUAAACAGGGAAUGCGUACACUCAGCAAAGCUUGUAGCAUAUCUCAUGAUAUGCACUACAUAUCUUCCCUUGUCGAUCUUUUUUGCCAGAGAGCAAAGUCAGUGUCCCUUUCGGAGGCUAUCAUUAAGCCUGAUUUUACCGAGCAAGUAUUACUAGCUCUUGUUGCUGGGAAUAUUGAAGCUGCAAAUUUAAUGUGUCACCAUGGUGAUUGCAAUUUUACAAGGCAAAAUGAUGGUUUCUCAAUGUUAGCGACAAUGAUUUUUCUUGACUCCACCGCCCCUAUCAUCAGGGACCGAGUACACGAUCUACUGAGCUUAUCUUCUGCACUUCUUCCAUCCGUGUCUCAGGGAAAGUUAUGUUGGGAUUGUGCACGGAGUAAUGGCACAUCGAGACAUUUCCGACUCACAGCCCUUCACUUCGCAUUCUGUCCGCACGAAUAUGACCAUAAUAGAGAAAUUAUCCCGGCGGCAGCAAAUCCUAGAAUCCUUACCACUUUACUUCAAUGGUUCCACGAACCGCAAUUUCUCAAUGCUCAAGUUGAUUCUCGUUCUUCACAAUAUGCGGGAUAUACUGCGUUGCACAUGGCCGCCCAUAGGGGCAGUAUAAGGGAGAUCAAUGACCUCCUUAAUGGUCGGUACAGAGAUGCUUUUGAUCUCAAUAUACUCAAUGCACGCAAAGAAAGCUUGGUGGACUUGUGCCACUCUAUAGGCAAUCAUGUCCUUUCUGGUGAUGAUCACGAGGAUAUCACUUGCCUUCUCCAGCUUAAGGAUGGAGGCCUGAUCCCAUUCGUCGACUCGCCGUCGAAAUACGGCAAAGUUUUUUCGAAGGAUAUGAACGAGAUUAUUCAAUCGAUGGUUUGA